AUGUCUCAUACAGGUGGUUAUUUAGACUCUUCAUUCGACGGUUCAGAUAACAAAAAUGGAAGUGGUGGCUAUGCUAGAAGACCAUUGGGAGAUCAAACUUUGAGACCAUUAACAAUUAAGCAAAUCAAAAACGUCAGUGUUGUGCAUGAUAAUGUCUGUAGAAUUGAUGGUGCAGAUGUUACGCAGAUUACCUUUAUUGGCGUCAUUCGAGGCAUACAAGAUUUGCAAACCUACAACGUAUACAAUAUUGAAGACGGUACAGGUGUUGUAGAGUGCAAAAAAUGGAUCGAACAAAAUGAAAGCGAGCUAGAAGCCGAUGCUAGACGCGAACUUGUCCUUGAUACAUACGUUCGCGUAUAUGGUAGAAUCAACAGUUUCAACGGUCGUAUAUCAGUCGUCGUUCAUAACAUGCGCCCUAUUGUCGAUUUUAACGAAAUUUCCUAUCACUUCCUCGAUGCUAUCGAAACCCAUUUGCUACUCACAAGACCUAAUGGUCCUAACUCAAUGCUUAUUGAUCAAACCAAUGACAAUAAGGCUUCUUCGAUUGAGGAUGACAUUACUAAAACACUCAAGGCUUUUGAGGAUUAUCCUGAUGGAGCUACGAUUGACCAAAUUUGUCACAAAUUGGAUGGUUUAUACACACAAGAUAAGAUCAGAGAAACGCUGGACAAUAUGAUUAUUGACGGUGCAGCUUAUAAUACAACUGAUAACGAGCAUUUCAAAUCGUGCUUCCCUUAAUCAACAGCUCACAAUUAUAGCACAUAGAAUGCCCUCGACACAAAUCAUGCAUCCUCACUGACGAAUUCUCUUGAUUUGGAUUCCCCUUUCCCCUCCGCGUUUCCCUCUCCCUCCCUUCAAAAGAUUUGUAAAUCAAAAGA